GGAAAGAGAGAUCAAAGGCGAGAGCGAGGAACAACAGCAGAGAGGGGGAAAAUAGGAGGGAGGUGGUGGCUUGGCCAUGCACGAGGAUUCGGAUAUCGAGGAGCUAGCAGAACUGAUUGCAACAUUCGUGGAAGUGCUCAUCCUGUCUUCGGGGCUGAGCUCAAGCUGUGCACGUAUUCAUUUCGACGAAGCAACGAUUGGCGAGGUUUUGCGCGUAUCAUUCUGUCUGCAAAGAUUCUUUAGGGAAGCAAGUAGCGGAGUCGCAGAGGAAGAUGGAGGGGACACUCCCAAUGCAGAGCAAAAAGGUGCGCGGGAUCGUUCCCCUUUCCGUCAUCAUGUGCUCCAGUGUGUUGAGCGUCGGCUUUCGUCUGUCGUGCUUCCCUCCUGGCUGCCACCGAUCAAUUCCGAACUCCUUGCAAAUGCGCCACGUGUCAUGUUAUCCUCAUUCCUGCAAUCCGCCUCUCUCUCCGACAAGCAACUCAAGUCGAUCGAGGCAAGCCUGGAAGGGGUUGGCGUCAACAACAACGCGAGGGGCAGCCAGGAUCGGGAUAAAGUGACACGUGGCGGUCAUUGCAGCGUACCGGUGAAGGGGUUGACGUCAUCAACAACGCGAGGGACCGUGGGGGACGGAGAUGCGGAUGUUCGGUACUGCCGGGAUCGGCACCGGGAUCGGGAUCGGGAUCGGGAUCGUCCCAAGGUAACGACCAGUGCCAAGGGAAAGAAACGUAGUCGUGUGGACGAAGUCAUAGUCAUUUCCUCCUCUGACGACGACGACGACGAUGACGAUGACGAUGACGAUUGCGAUGGAGAUGGAGGUGGUUGUGAGGAUAAUGAGAGAGGAAGGACCGCCGGUGAUGGUGGGUUUGUUCGACACAAGAAGGGGAGCAUCGUCGUGAAUGCGGACGGAUGUCCCGGUUCGGUACUUGCGGGAGAGAGAGGAACCCGAUCGAGAUGGUUGAGGGAGGAAGACGAAGAGAGGGAGGUGCUGAGGAGAUACGUCGACGAAGAAGUGCAGAGGCGACACUUGGCAUCCUCUCUGUCUGACCACCUCCAUCGGACGACGGGGAAGGUAGUCGAUGCUGUCCUCCUUCCCUUGCCGACAAGCGCGGUUGCGGAUGUGAUAGCACCGAUUGAUGUGGACCCCAAUGAAAGCGGCAAGAACUCUGCGAAGCCUCCUGUCCUUGGGAAAAGGAGGAGAUAUGGAGAUGGCGAUGGCGAUGGGAGCGGGUGGUCGAUGACGACAACGACGACGAAGAAGAGGAAGAAGGAGAGCGCGGAGGGAAGCUUGGGAGGUGGACUUGGAAGAGGGAAAAUAAUAGAGAACAGUGGGUGGUUGGUCAUUGAGAAGAAGGCGGGUCUUGGCGCCGAGGGGUCGAAGAAGAAGAAGAAGGAGAUUGUACUUAGUCUUUCUGAGACCGAGGAUGCACUACAGGGAGCGCCAGCGACUCUCGCACGUGCUUGCGGCGAGCUGUGGACGCGGACCCUGAAGUUCCUCUCCUCGCCGGAGGCCACCGCGAAGAUGGCUGCAGCGCGACUCAUUUUCACCGGGAGGAGAAGAGAGGAGUGGGUGGAGGUGUUCGAAAACCUAAUGCUCAAAAGCCGAGUCGAGGAGGAAGAAGACGGGGUGCCCGCAGAGCUCGCGGGGAUGCAGACCGAAAUGGAAGUCGCCGAGAUAUGCUGUCUUUACUUCGUGGAGCAAGCUUGGGACUCGUUGAUGCCAACGCUUAUUCGCCUCGUUCAUGGAGGACCGUUUGCCGUCGAUUGGCAACUCCAUAACCCUCGUUUUCCGUGUCGUGACCGGCUGCAACGAGCUCGGAUCGAGAGGCAUCGGGAUCGGGAUUGCGAAAGCAGAGGCAUGCGUGAUGGCCUUUCUUCUGCAGGAGCGCGCGCUGGGAAAGAAAGAGGAUAUGGAAGAGGAGGGGGAGGAGGGGGAGGMGGGGGAGGGGGAGGGGGAGGGUUGUCGGCUGUUAGAUCGUCAGGGGUGGCAGUGCAGUGCGCGUUCUCCUGUGCUUCUUCAUUCUCGGCGCAGCCGGGGACGAUCAGGGGGGGGGGGGAUGAGGAGGGGAGAUCGGGAUGGCCCGGGAGUUCUUGCAGACAGGAGGGAAGUCGUGACGUGGCGGCGUUCUUUGCGCGCCACGUGGCACGUCGGCAAUGGCUGUGGUGGAGAUUGAACCCGCAGCUCACUGCGUCGGCGGUCGCGGCGACUUGUUGCUGGGAGUCGGUUAUGUGCUCCACCUACGUGCGGAGCUUGAUGCGAAAGUUCCUGGAAGAUUCAUCGUCAUCUCUCUCCGUCGCUCGCUCUGCGGUCCACGUCGAGAUCAACCGAAGGAGAGAUUUCAAAUCGACAUCGAUGAAUGGAGAUGGAGAAGAUAAGAUUUCAGAUGGGCAUCAAGACCGUGCUGCUGUCUUUUGCCCAUCAGUCGGCUGCUCGUCAACGUCUAGAACAGAACCUAUUAUUGCAGAGAAGAGAGUGGUAAUGGACGAAAGGAUCUCUGGGCCGCAAGAUCCGCAAGAUCGGCGGCUGGCGGAUGUUGCUGAUGCCCUCCAUCGCCUGCACCUUCUUCUAUUGGAGGCAACUCGGCUCGAUGGUCUCGCUGCAGACAAUCGCUGCGGCGAAGUCGUAAUCUCAGCCGUUCAUUCGUUUAUAUCGGAAUGCGCUGAAGAAGAUCGGUUGCGCAUCAAUCGGCUUCUGUCCAAUGUCGUCCGGAUUUCUGUUGGGGGAGGAGGAGGAGAAGGAGGAGGAGGAGGAAGAAGAGAAUUGAGGCACUGUUCCAACUGCAGAAAUACCCUUUAUGAUGCAGCACAGAGGUCCUUUUCUGGUGUAGCGUUGAUCUCACUGCGAAGGUUUUUUUUGGCAAUUGGUGAAGUCACAAAGGUGGUGAAAGCAUGGGGAACUGUUGCGGACUCUGCGGAGGUACGAAUGAAGAGAAGGCGGAGGGUGACGGACGGAAAGUGCUUACAGAAGCGGAACGCGUUGAAAUGGCCAACGUGCGAGCUAAUGCGGCUGCAGCCGCAGAGGCACGGAAAAAAGCCUUCGACGAGUCAGCUGUAGGGAGGGCAGCACGCACAGCAGUUAUGGCGGCACAGGCCAAACCCGCUAAAGAGGCUGGCAGGACCCAACCAACGAUGCAGUGGCAAGUCGGAUAAUGGAUGGAGAGCCGGAGACUGGUCAUGCAAACGUCAGAGGUAUUUUUUUUUCCUGUAAUCGACUCGUAUGAUGAUGCGGAAGAGGUCCGAGCGGCAGACGAACACACUGCACGGUGUCGACAACAGUUGUGCAGGCUCUGUACAGUUAUCUCGCUAGCCCCGACUGCAAGCUCCGUCGUCAGAAAAGUGUGCUGCGAACUACAUUGUGAGCAGUGUAUUGUUGGUGCCACUCUCUCCCAUUUUGCAGAUUAUUCCCUGCAUCCAGGUCAGUCCCCCCUCUGCAGGCUGAUCCGACAGGCAGGUUCGCACCCUUGUGCAGGUUAGCCCCUUUCAUCCAGGCUGGUCUCAAAGUCGGUCCCACUGCGCCGCUUGGUCCCACGGUGCAGGUUUUGUGACAAUUCCUUAAGAGGCAUGGAGUCGGGCAAGACUCUUGUUUUGGAUUUUUUAUCCUUUUCACCUUCACUGCCCAGAUGGCGUCUUCCGUAAGUGGACGCUCCUUUCACCUCCAGUUUCUCAGAUUGUGUGCUCCGCAAGCGCGUGCUCCGUUGCGCCGUCACUUCCCAGGUUGCGUGUCACGUAAGCGCAGGAGCGCUGAUCCAUUUGGUUGAUGCCCACAUUAAAAGGAUCUUGUCAGUGUGUUGCCACCUUCUGCACCCGAAUACAACGUAUGGUCACUAAAGCUUUAUUUACUAUUUAGGGCAUCUUUCUGUCUACAUACAGCAAUAAUGACCGUACGUUGUAUUCGGGUGAAGACGGUAGUGCGUUGAGAGAAUGGUCUUGUUGCAUCUUUGUUCUGACACAAGGAAGCUACAUCGCAGGGAAACCGACACGGUUUGGUCAUGGCGUGACAUCGGAUCAGCUUGCCUGCGCCACUCUUUUCGACGAAUGACGACUGAUGUUGUCGCAACUUGUCGGUCGGUGAAUGGCUACCGAAUGAUGCUGUGGGGUCGCAGUUGCACGUCAGUGGAGAGGAAUGGCCAAUGGCCAAUGGCCAAGUUUUGACAUGGCUUGGCAUCUGAGUAUGGUUCUUUCGGAAGUCGUUUGGGCAAAACGAUUCUAUUGUUGUAUCCAACGGUCACGCUUCCAAGUCACCAGGUGUCCCAUGAAUAUAGUCUUAGGACCAGUAGGUCGAGUUCAGUGCCCGUGUUUUUUCCCUUUAUGAUUUUAGUUCUUAAUAGUAUUCCUUCUUUCUGAGUUUUUUUUUCUUUUCUUUUUCAGGUUGUAUUCUUAGAGUUUGAAGGCUUGCCAGAGCUGUCAGAACAGCAGUGUUCCAUGUAAAUUCCAGAUAGGUAGAGUAGUACAAAGGGGGGUGGGGGAGCGAGGCGGGAGGAAUCAAUGACACUUUUCUCU